AUGCACGCACGUCGCAGGCAUUUCCAGCCCUGCGGCCAGGGGGCGCGCUGGAGUUGGCGGGGGCGGGAGCCGCCCCUGGCGGGAAAUGCGAGGUGGGAGCUGCGUAGGCUUCGGCGGGGGCGACGCCAGGGAGGCCACGUGACGCAGGGCUCGGCCGCGCGGACCCGGCCUCCCUCACGCGCACUCGGCAUGUUGUCCUGGCCGUCCGCGCUCGAGGGCGCGGGCGACGGGGGCACAGAGGAGCUGGGCAUGAAGGAGCGAGGCAGGGCGGUCGCGGAGGAGCCGGGCGAAGAGGACAUGGAGGAGCCGGGCGAGGAGGACGUGGAGGAGCAGGAGCCAGGAGAGGAGGAGGACGUGGAGGAGCAGGAGCCGGGCCAGGAGGACGUGGAGGAGCCGAUGGAGGAGGCCGCAGAGGGAAAGGCCGCGGAGGAGCUGGGUGCGAGCGGCGGGCAGAACUCGGCCUGGUGUCCCGGAGAGCUGGCGGGGGUAACAUGGACCCCAGACAGCCUCCAUCUUCAGGUCUCCGGCCCCUUGCACUUACGGGCCGGGCCCUGGGUCCAGCAGGAGCUGCUGCCUCGCUGCCCCCCGCAUCUGGUGACCCAGCGGCCCCCUGCAAACCCAGUCCCACCUACCCCUCAGAUGGCUUGGGAGGUGACCCCUUCCAGGAUGGCUGUUCUGUCACCAUGGGAUCCUAACUACGAGGUUAAAACAAGAUCUAAUGUGACAUGGGGGCCCAGCUGUGGAUCAGGCAGCUCAUUCUCUAACCGGACCGUGUAUCAUCCUUCUUUCUACACUUUGUAUGAGGUGGCUGGCAGGGGGGGUCCUCACCCAGCGCCCCCUGGAGGGCAUCCUCACAACAGACAACCAAUGCCCAGAGAUCCAGGAAUCCCAGUGAUGUGUCGGGAAGACUUCUUUCUCUUGGAUCCUCUGCUGCCACGUGGACAGCGUGUUCCUUUGUACCUGGCUGAGCCUCCUCAGCAGGCCAUGGGCUCCAUGAAGUUGCUGGUUCUGCCACCUGUCAUGACCCCCUGGGUGUGCCCCUCCGCACCCCAGGGCAGUUCCACCACAGCCUGGCUCAGUGGGCCGGAGUUGAUUGCCCUCACUGGCCUGCUGCAGAUGAGCCAGGGAGAGCAGAGACACCGCCCUUUGGAGGCUCCCUCAGCCUCGGCCUCAGCUUCAGCCUCUGCCAGCCUUCCAGAGCCUGACUCCAACCCUAAGGAGACUAGUGGUGGUCAGAGCUGCUGUGACAACACCAGUCCAUCUGUCACUCAGGGUCCAGACUCUCAUGGCCCAUAAUCCCCACCCCCCUACCCCCCAGUUGGUGUGGUUUCCUCUCGCCUAGCCUGAUGUAUUAACAGUAAAACAGCAAUGCACA